AUGAUAUGUGAAUAUAUGGUUUUUUUUUUAUUCGUAGCAUAUAAUCUUCUUGAUGCUGCUUGUCGAUAUGACAUUAGAAGUUUAAAAGCGUAUACGACUCAAUUUCUUAUAAAUCAUAUCAACACAGAUAAUGUCUUAAAGUUAAUAGAAUCUGCAUAUAAAUACAAUAAUGCAUUACUCAAACAAAGAUGUACUGACUAUUUCGUUGAUAAUGGAAAAGCGAUAAUCGAUGUAAGUGAAUCGUGGAAACAGUUUGUUGACAAACACCCAAAGAUUGUUGCUGAACUUCUUUAUUGGACUACUCACAAAGAAGAAUACCGCCAGGAAACUUCUUAAUUAUAGUUACAUUCACGAUGUCAUUUGUUCAAAAAAUUAAUCAACAAAAAUAAGAAAGAACAGUAAAAAUAAAAGAUAUGUCAAUAAAACAUGUCUUUUGUUGUAUCACAAAUAUAUCUUUUUGUUUUUAUUUUACUAUGAUUUUUUGUCUUGAUUUUUUAUCUUAAAAAAAUAAAUGUAGCAGCAAAUCACCGGAGAAAAACAACAAUCAACAUAAUGUAAUUUGCAUCAUCAAAUUGGUAAAUGAACUUAACAAUAUAAUUCUAUUUCAUCAUGAAAUGUACUACCCAGUUGUUCAUCACGAUGAGACCAAAAUAAAUAUAACAAAACUUUUUUUUUCCAUAAAGAUAGUUUUUAAUGAAAUCUACCUCAGUGAGUUUACGUUCUGUAAAAAUAAAUGGAAGACACAUUUUUCGAAAUGGUACACGUAAGAUGAGUAUAAGUGGGAAAAGAAAAGCAAAAUUUGUCAUUUUAAUUGUAAUUAAUAAACUGGCAGGAAUCAUUUGUAUGUAUAUAUAUGGCGUUUUAUGUGAUGAACUUUAAAAGAAAGCAAAUGUUUAAUAUAUCGUUUAGAGCGAGGAAAAAAAACAGAAAACUUCAAGACUUCAUGAAACUUCAAACGUAAAGAUUUCAUAUUUUUAAAAAACUUCAAAAGAAUUCAUAUGACUUCAGAAGAUUUUAUGGGACUUGGACAUAUAUUAAAAGCUAUAGUUCAAAGAUUUCAAAAGACUGUUUAAGACUUGAUAGGACUUCACGGGACUUCAACCAUAGAUCUAUGAGACAUCAAAUUUAUUCCAUUUUACUUUUAUGCUUACACACCUUUUGAAGCUGUAAGAAUAUUUUAGUCGUUUCAGUCCUAGCGUAUGGAUCUGGGUGUGCUUGUUCUCUGAGUCUCAUCUACGGACAUCCAAC